GAUUUUCCCCACUCUAUCUCUUCUAUCUUUUCUCCUUCUCUGUCGGAUCACUUCAAUCUCUCUUUUUUUCUUUUUUUCUUUUGUGAACGAUCACUUCAAUCUCUAUUAAAAAUACUUGCAAUAUCCAAAGACUUUAUAAUAUUUGUUUGUUUUUCUAGAUUUCAAACCAAAAGAAAACGUCUCGUGAGCACAUAAUGACGUUGGGAGACAGGUAUUGGGGUUAGUGGAGAGAGUGUUCAAAUGAAACCAGUUUCUUCUACUUGUCUUCUUUACGCCAUUUUUUUCCCUCCUUUUGGGGAAAGUUUGUUGCUUUCAAGGAUUCUUAACAAUCGAUUUCUCAUCACAAGGGUUUUGAUUUGAAAGUUUGAUUCUGGGUUCGAUAAAGCUCCUUCCUUUAAUUGUUUUUGCUCAUGGGUUUGAAUUUUUUUCAUUCCUCUGUUUUCGAGGUCUGAAAGUUCAAAACAAAGUUCCUAUUUGGGGUUUAAUAGCUCAAUUCCCAUCUCUUUUUGUUUCUGAUGUGAAUUCGAUAUCAUCGAGGAGUUUAAUAGCCUUACUGGUAAGGCUUUCCUGGGCAAGAUUGAUUCAAAAUUUCUCACUUUAUAAUUUCUGGGAAAUUUCGAAGCGGUUGAGGAAAUGACCGGAGGGAGUGAGGAGGAUCCCUUCACAAAACCCAUCGGAAGAUGGUCUGUCUUCUUCUAUGGAGUCGGACAUAUGCUUAACGACAUCACUGCUUCUUGUUGGUUCACUUACCUCCUCCUAUUCUUGACACAAAUUGGUCUCUCCCCAAGAGAUGCAGCUAUUGUUAUGCUCUCUGGCCAAGUUGCUGAUGGGUUUGCUACUAUCUUCACUGGUGAAUUGAUAGAUAGAUUUGGGCAUUUCAAAGUUUGGCAUGCUGCAGGAUCAUUACUGGUUGCAAUAUCUUUUUCCUCGGUUUUCGGAGGUUGUCUGCCUUGUUCAAUCCUUCAUAACGACUCUUUGACGCUCGAAACCUUCUCCUACAGCAUGUUUGCAGCUAUAUUUAACAUAGGAUGGGCAGCUACUCAAGUUUCCCACAUGGCUAUGGUUAAUUGCAUUUCAUUAAACUCAACAAGCAGAGUAGCUUUAACAAGCUGCCGUAACGCGUUUACAAUGGUUGCUAAUCUUGGCUUAUAUGCGAUUGCUUUAGUCGUAUUCGGUGUUAUUAAGGCUGGGUCGAAAGAAGAUACGGAAACACAGUAUCGCUGGAUUGCAUAUUCAUCUAUCACAAUUGGAUGCUGCUUUGUGAUCAUAUUUCUUAUGGGGACCAAGGAGCCAAGGCUUAGGCUAGAUCUGAGAGAAACUAGCCGAGCGAGAAUACCAUGGGUCUAUUGGUUCCGGAAACUUCUAUACUAUCAAGUCGCUAUGGUUUACCUCCUCACUCGAUUAGUAUUGAAUGUUUCUCAGGCUUAUCUUGCAUUUUUUGUUAUCGAUGAUUUGCAAAUGGAUCAAUCCGCUAAAGCAUUGGUUCCUGCAAUUAUCUAUAUCUGCAGUUUUGUUGUAUCGGUUCUGCUUCAGGAGAUUCCAUGGAAUGGGAGACGCUUAAAGGCGUAUUAUACAGCUGGUGGUAUUAUUUGGAUAUUCUGCGGUGCAGCAAUUCUUCUAUUGCCUAGAAACAUAAGUUCUUUCAUGUAUGCCAUAUCCGUCUUUAUUGGCAUCGCGAAUGCAUUAAUGAUGGUUACAGCAAUCAGUAUGCAGAGUGUGUUGGUUGGUGCGGAAGUCGGUGGAUGUGCAUUUGUCUGUGGUUCGUUAAGCUUCUUAGACAAGAUGUCUUGUGGGCUUGCUCUCUAUGUUCUUCAGUCACACCAAAGUACUUCACCAAGAACCCAACUAAACAAUAACCAACCAAGUGCUUACCUUUCAGUUACAAGAUACGGUUUGGGUCUUGUUCCAGCAUUGUGCUCGUUUGUUGGUGUCGCUGUAACAUUCUUUAUGGAGCUUGAAGCUGGUGGAUCACUAUCGAAGCCCCUACGUGAGCCGUUACUAGAAUGAAAAAAAUGGUCUUCUGAGGUUUACUUUGUUCGACAUGCUUGAUUUCAGGUCCACUAAUCUCUUACUUAUACAGAAUUUUCUAGAUUCUUCAUUCGACGGUUUUGUACAUAAGGAUAUAUCACAGUGUGACAUCAGUUACUUGUAUCAGAAGAAAAAAAUCAUGUGGGAUCUCGUGUUUGAUUGUUCGGGGAUUUUGACCCUUUGUAAUAUUCACAAAGAUGUUUUAUAUUUGAUUAGACAAUGUAAUACGUACUGAAGAAUCUUUGAUUGGUAAAAGCUGGGUAAACCGUAA